AUGAGUUCUUCGCGUCCGUACACGCCGGACUCUAUCUCAUCCAACAACACGCAGUUUGUCGACGCGCCGUCGGAGCCGGUAAGCGAGCCGCAGGCUGCUCCCCCGAUCGUCGGCUCGCUCUCUUCUGGUGGCGCUGCUACGACAGAAGGCGUGGCGCCUGCUCGCCGUCCUUCGUUCCUGCAGAACCUGCACCUCCCGGGACCGCACCACGCGCAUGGAUCGCACGCGCCGUUCGAUCCGUACAAGCCGGUCGAGCCUUCGUCGCCGUGGUCGCAUGCCACCGAGGGUGACUCGGCCGCACACCGUCCCUCGGCGCAGGAGAGCCUGAGGGAGGAGGUCUCGUCGAUGUUUGGCGUUUCGGGACCCCGGCCUUCCAAGGAUGUGCACCACGGCAACAUUCACAUGACCAAGGAGGAGCUCGAGCGGAGCGGCUAUGGUUACGAUGCCGUGCGCGGUGGUAUGGGCAUUCCUGAGGCCCAGGGCUUUGACAUUGACGAGGAAAACGACGUCACUGCCAGCAACAGCUGGAACAACAAGUAUGCAUCUCCCAACGACCCCGAGGCCAAGCCCACUUCGCACGGACAGAGUGACGAUGCUGAGAAGGAAGUUCCCACGGCGUCGCCUGCGCAAGAGACGCCUGCGCAGGGCACGUCCGAGGAGGCAAAGACGGCCGACGAAAAGCCCGAUCACAUCCUGGUCAAGUGGGAUGGCGAGGAUGACCGCGAGCACAACAUGCAGAUGUCGUUCAGCUUCCGCCUGUACCUCACGGUCAUGGGUGGUCUGAUGACGCUCGCCUCGACCUUUGCUUCGUCUGCCCCCUCUUUCGCCAUCCCUGGCGUUAUGGAGGAGUUCCAUGUCAAGGAGGAGGUCGCCAAGGCGGCCGUGUUCCUGUUCGUCGGUGGCUACUGCUUUGCCCCGCUGAUCUGGGCGCCGCUGUCGGAGAUGUUUGGCCGUCGCCCCACGUUUAUUGCUAGCAUGAUCGGUUUCUUUGCAUUCAACAUGGGCUGUGCAUUCUGCAAGAACAUUGGCUCGCUAAUUGUUUUCCGUAUUCUUGCGGGUGCUUUUGGCUCGGCUCCUCUGUCGAACGUUGCGCCGAUGAUUGGUGGUCUCUUCUCGUUCAAGUACCUUACCGCCGGUAUUGUGCUGUUUGCCAUUGCGCCCAUGUCUGGUCCGUGUCUUGGCCCUAUUGUCGGUGGUUACAUCUACGAGUCGGGUGCGUCGUGGCGCUGGGUGUACCGUGUGUGCUCUGCUGUGGCCUUCUUCUUCGUGCUGAUCGCGGUCUUUACUAUCCCUGAGACGCUCGAUGCUCUGCGUCUCAAGAUGAAGGCGCAGCGUCUGCGUAAGGAGACGGGCGACAACCGCUACGUGGCCCCCAUCGAGAUCCGUGAGAAGCUGAACCCCCUCCAGCUUGCCAAGGCCGUGCUCCUGAAACCCAUUAAGCUCUUCUUCCUGGAGCCGAUGCUUAUCGCUGUGACGCUCUACAUCUCGUUCGUGUACGGCACGCUGUACCUGCUCUUUGAUGCCUACCCCGUGGUCUUUAUGGAGAUUCACGGCCUGAGGCCCGGCGCUGUGGGCCUAGUCUUCCUGGGCUACUUUGUGGGCUCACUGGUGGGUGCUGCGUACGCGAUCCUCGUCGACAACCGUCACUACAUCAAAAAGCUUCAGGAGAAUGGCGGCAAGCCUCCGGCGCCCGAGAUCCGCCUCGGUAUGGCCAUGUUCGGUGCGCCUCUGCUGGUUAUUUCGCUGUUCUGGUUCGCGUGGACUUCGUACAAGUCCAUCUCCUACUGGUCGCCCCUGGUCGCGGGUGGUAUGUUUGGCUGUGCGAUGUACACCAUUUUCCUUGGCCUGAUGGUGUACAUGACCGAGGUCUACCUCUUCAGCGCCGCGAGUGCCAUUGCUGCCAACACUGUCGUCCGUUCCGCGUUCGGUGUUGGUUUCCCUAUGUUUGGUACGGGCAUGUACCACAACCUGGGCCCGCAAUGGGCCACGACGAUUCUCGCGUUCAUUGCGCUUGCCAUGUUCCCCAUUCCCUUCAUCCUGGUCAAGUACGGUAAGAAGCUCCGUGGCAUGUCCAAGUUCGCACAGACCAUGGACCACGCCAAGUAA